AUGGUCUGUUCACUCCAACUACCCAACGAUGUCCUUCUUCUAGUUGGUGAACAUCUGGAGAAUCAUGGAGACCGCUGGAAACUGAUAUUCAUCUCUCAUCACUUUCAUGAGCUCUUCCUAUCCCUUGUUUACAGGAAGGCAAGGUUGAACAGCUGGCGUGACGUUUACUCGUUUCUUUGUGCGAUCACAAAUCGACCGUCCCUCGCCCGAGCAGUACAUGAGCUUGACCUAAGUAGUUGGCAGAGAAAGCCCAUCGCCUCGGAAGACUGGGAAGUGCUUCGGGACUCUGCGAUCUUGAAGGAUACUGUGCAAAUUUCUUCAUAUUCCGGCGAGGAGACGGCGCAAUGGGAAGAGCAUCUUGCAAAAGGCCGCGGUGACGCAUGGAUUGCGUUAACGCUGCCAUUAUUGAGCCAGCUUCGGCAGCUUCAUCUCGUAUAUUCUACACCUACCCCCUGCCUGGACCGAAGCAUGCAACGUGCUAUUAAUGGCGAGAGGCCAUUUCAGCCGCGGCUGGUUUUCCAAAACCUGCGCGAAGUCGUUCUAUAUCAUCAAGAAGACCUUGACCAGCCUGCGGCCCAGGAGAGCGCAGAAAAUGGCUCUGAUAAACACUCGCCAUCUUUCCUGCUGUCGUUCUUUCAGUUAUCUUCCUUGCGUUCGAUUGUUGCCAACUCGGUUGUGGAUCCGACCUCGGCCUCGCAGAAUCCAGAUUCUGACGCAGAGCAAUCCGACCAAUUGUGUUCGGGCUUCUCUUCAAUUACCGACAUAGACCUGCGACACAGCAGCGGAAACCAUGGCAUGGAAGCCUUGAUAACUUCGUGCGCAGACCUGAAGUCGUUCAAAUAUCAGCAUUCGGAUUCACACCUGGCUUCCCACGGCUUUCAACCAACUGCUUUCUACCGCUCUCUGACUCGCAGCAAACAGACGCUCCAGACCUUGUGGCUUGAUCACUACGGCGACCAUUAUCCCUUCACCUCUGCUGGACUAAAUCAAACUCAUGACGAAUGGUUUGGGUCCCUAGCUGAGUUUUCCGCCCUCCAAGAGCUUCGCAUUCGGCUGACCAAUCUUCUCGACAUCCGAUAUCAAACCGAGCCGACAACACCUCUCAUCAAUUGCCUGCCUCAUUCGCUUGAGACACUCUACAUCGAAGGAUGCGAGGAGCGGCACGUGGGUACACUUGUCUCGCAGCUACAGACCGUCCUCAAAAACCGCAACUCUCGAUUCCCCCACCUUCGCUGCUUGGAUAUUGAGGGGGCAUUUCAGAAUGCCUCAGCCGAGGAGCUUGGUGACACUAGGGCCUCGGCGUCCGACCCCUCGGAUGACACCAUCAAAUCGAAGAUUAUGCAAGCCGCGGAGCCAUUGCACGAGCAUUGUGAUUCUGCUGGGAUUGAACUGCAUGUUCAUGAUCGCGCCUUCUCUCAAAAUCAUGCCCGUUGA